GGCGAGGAAGGGGCGGGAGGGGGGAAGGAGGAAGGGAAGGGACGGGAAAGAAGGGAAGGGAAAGAAGGGAAGGAAAGAGGGGAGGACGGACGGACAGACAGAAGGAAGGAGGAGCUGAGGCGGCCGCUCACGGACCGGCGGGACCCGCCACGGGAGGGCCGCCAGCCAUGCGCACGGCGGGAUGAAGCUGCAGGCGGUGGUGGAGCAGCUGCAGAAGCAGCAGCAGCAGCAGCAGCAGCAGCAGCCGCCGGUGCCCAUGGAUUGCCGGGAGCGCCGCCGGGAGCCGCAGGUGCCCUUCCCGACGCCGCCGCCCUUCCCCGGGCAGCCCCGCGCCGGGCGCGCCCCGGGGCUGUCCCCCGCCGUCCCCCCGGCGCUGUCCCCCGCGGGCAGAGCCCCCGCCGCGGCCGGCCGGCCCUCGGAGCAGAGCGGCGGCAACUCCGAGGAGGAGGAGGACGACGACGAAGAGGAGGACGACGAGGAUGAAGAAGACGGCGGCGAGCUGGAGGACGGCAGCGGGGCGGCCGGCCGGCAGAGCUGCCCCGCCGGGCCGUAUUUCCGCGCUCCCAAAGGUGCCCGUGGCAAGGGCCGGGCGGGGCUGUGCCGCCAGCCCCGUGCCGGGCGCCCCGCGGGGCAGGGAGGCCGGGCGCAGACUGUGCCCAGCGCUGCGCAGCCCCCGCGGGCCGCCCCCGGCUGGCGCCUGGACGAGCAGCUCAAACAGAACGGCGGCGUGAGCUGGAGCGACGAGGGCGACGGCUGCCGGGGAAGGGAGAUCUCCCGAGACUUUGCCAAGCUGUACGAACUGGACAGCGACCCCGAGCGGAAGGAGUUCCUGGAUGACCUCUUCAUCUUCAUGCAGAAGAGGGGAACUCCCAUCAACAGGAUCCCCAUCAUGGCCAAGCAGAUCCUGGAUCUCUACAUGCUCUACAAGCUGGUGACCGAGAAGGGCGGGCUGGUGGAGAUCAUCAACAAGAAGAUCUGGAGGGAGAUCACCAAAGGCCUUAACCUGCCCACCUCCAUCACCAGCGCCGCCUUCACCCUGCGCACCCAGUACAUGAAGUACCUCUACGCCUACGAGUGCGAGAAGAAGUCUCUGAGCUCCCCGGCCGAGCUCCAGGCCGCCAUCGACGGCAACCGGCGCGAGGGCCGGCGGCCCAGCUACAGCUCCUCGCUGUUCAGCUACUCUCCCUCCCCGCCGGGGCCUCCUUCCCUGCUGUCCCCCCCCAAAAUCCGCUUCCCCAUCAUCGGCGUGGCGCCGGGCAGCGCCACCGGCAACCCCCGCGUGUCACCGGCCCUCAGGAAAGGUGACGGCGUGCCCCUGACCGUGUCCAUGCCGAGCCGCGUGGCCGUGCCGGUGACGCUGGGUGGCCAGCAGGCCACUGUGGCAGCCAGGACGGCCACGCUGGAGCAGCUGAGGGAGAGGCUGGAGGCGGGAGAGCCCCCGGAGAAGAAGGUGCCGCGCAUGACGGAGGAGGAGCAGCGGCUGGUGCAGCAGGCGCUGCAGCGCAACCUGUUCAGCAUGGCCCGGCAGAUCCCCAUGAAGAUCAAAAUCAACGGGAAAGACAAGGCCGACUCCGCGGCGGCGGCGCUGAACCUGUCCCCGAACGGCAUCGGCAGCAUCAACAUGUCCGUGGAGAUCAACGGCACCACCUACGCUGGGGUGCUGUUUGCCCAGAAGCCCGUGGUGCAGCUCCUGGCCGGCUCGGGCACGCAGAGCUCGUGCAGCAGCAGCAGCAGCAGCUCCAGCAGCUCCCACUGCUCCCCCAGCCCUACCUCAUCGCGGGGCACGCCCGGCGCAGAGCCCUCCACCAGCUGGUCCCUCUGACGGGCACUGCCCAGGAGUGCACACAUACCUCACCUCAAGGAACCUGCUCUCGUGGCUGCACAGCACCUGGAGGCUGCUGAUGAUGAUGGUGGUGGUGGUGGUGGUGAAACCUUUCCAUGCCAGCGAGUUUUCCUUCAUCGUCUCUUUGUCCAGCCUUUUUUUGGCUUUGUUCCCCCCUUUCCUUCCGCCCUUUUGCUCUUUGGUUCCUCCUCCUCCUCCCAGGGUGUGUGGUGUUCCCAUGGAGGGGGGCACACUUGGCGUUUCUCAAUCAGGGAUGGCUCUGGGGCCACAGCUCCUGCCCAGGAUGUCACCAGGGCAGGGAAGGGGCCAGGACUGGGGCUGGGAACCCUGGUUCUGCUGGAACCCUGGCUCUAUUGGGGACCCUGGUCCUGCUGGAACCCUGGUUCUGCUGGGAAACCAGGUUCUCCUGGAGCCCUGGUUCUGCCGGGAAACCAGGUUCUGCUGGGGACCCUGGUUCUGCUGGGAACCCUGGUUCUGCUGGAGCCCUGGUUCUGGGAGCCCUGGUUCUGCUGGAGCCCUGGUUCUGCUGGAGCCCUGGCUCUGGGAACCCUGGUUCUGCUGGGAACCCUGGUUCUGCUGGAGCCCUGGCUCUGGGAACCCUGGUUCUGCUGGAGCCCUGGCUCUGGGAACCCUGGUCCUGCUGGAGCCCUGGUUCUGCUGGAACCAGGGGCCACCAGGGCUCUUCCCACCCACAACUCCGUGUUUUGACAAUCCUGAGAGCCAGGGGGUGCCUGGCCCUGUCCUCCCGUGGCAAUCUGCCCUUCCUGCUGUGUCCCCGUGUCCUCGGGGGAGGCUCCUGAGCCUCCCUCCUGCUCCUCUCCACGGUUCUGGCACCAUCAGCUGCUUGUUUCUGGCUGGUGCCACCUCUCCCCUGGAGUCCUGAAUGCCCCUGAGUGUUCCUGAGGAGUGACACAGGGCCUGGGCGUGCUGGGGCUCGGUGUCCCCCGCAGUGUCCCCGCAGCAGGGUCACUCAGGUUGGUGCAGGCUCCCUGGAGCAGCUCUGGAAGCUCUGCAGGGCUGCGGGUGGGGUGGUUACUGUGGGGAUCUGGGGCUCUGAGCGAACCCCCUCCGAUGGUACCCGAGCAGGGCAGACCUUCUGCUCCCAGGGAGGAGCAGAGCCCAGGGCAUCCAGCCCUUCCUGGCCCCGGGAGCCUGGCUGGAAGCAGAGCUGGUGCUCCCUGUGAAUCAGCUGCUCAGGUGGCCUGGUGCUGUCCCCCUGUCCCUCCGGCCUUUCCCCACGCCCUGCCCUGGUGACAUCCCUGCCAUCCCUCCCGUCCCGGUGACGUCCUUCCCGUGCUGCAGGCCCGAGUCAGGUUUUUUUGAGCAGACGAAAUACCUCAGAUAUGUACUUGUUGGGUUGCUUUUGUUUGUGUUGGGUUGGUUUUUUUUAACCUCUUCAGGAAGUAUUGGCAUAUCCUAUCGCUUGGGGGGUUUCAUAGGUGGGUUUGCUGACUUUGUGUUUGCUUUCGUUUCUGUUGGCUUUUAAACGGAUCACCAAAGACAGGGAGUUCAGACAAAGCUGAGUAGAGGAGCAGUGGCUUCCCCGCCCUCCAGAAGCCCAUCCCAGGACAUGUGCGGGAAAACAGGACAGGGGUGACCCUGCCCCUUGGAUGUGUGCGUUGUCCCAGCUCCGGGCUCUGCCCUCCUGCUGCUGCCCGCGCUGUGGCGGGGCUGUCCUGCCCCCGCAGUCCCCGGGGCUCUCUGGCAUCGGGAGCUGUCCUGCCCCCGCAGUCCCCGGGGCUCUGGGAUCGGGAGCUGUCCUGCCCCGCAGUCCCCGGGGCUCUGGGAUCGGGAGCUGUCCUGCCCCCGCCGUCCCCGGGGCUCUGGGAUCGGGAGCUGUCCUGCCCCGCAGUCCCCGGGGCUCUGGGAUCGGGAGCUGUCCUGCCCCGCAGUCCCCGGGGCUCUGGGAUCGGGAGCUGUCCUGCCCCGCAGUCCCCGGGGCUCUGGGAUCGGGAGCUGUCCUGCCCCGCAGUCCCCGAGGCUCUCUGGCAUCGGGAGCUGUCCUGCCCCGCAGUCCCCGGGGCUCUGGGAUCGGGAGCUGGGCCCGCAGUGUCCUGGGAGGGAUGCUGCUCAGAGGGAGCGCCGCCCUCGCUGUGCGCGGGGGAAGCCAGGCUGACCCACAGGCUCCUUUCAUCCUCGCAGACUCCCAGAGCAUUUUCCAGCCUCUGGGACUCAGUCAGAUGAUUUUUUUUCCCUUUUCUCUUUGGGUUUUCUUCUGGUUGUUUUAUUUUAUUCUUGGGUGGGGUUGGGCUGUUUCCUCUGAGUGGGACCGGGGCACUUUCUGCUUUUCCCUCUGCUCUGCUCCCUGGCCCCGGGGAGCAGAGGCUGCUCCGGGGUGGGGCUGCUUUGUCUCACUUGCUAACGUUGUGUUUUCUUGCACAGAAAGGCACUCGAAUCACUGAACUGCUUGGACACUACUAGAGUAUUAAUGUUUAUAAGCUUUACUCAACCUAGACUGGAACUAGCCAGGGACUAACAGAUUGUUUUGUAUCCAAUUCAGGGAAAGAAUCAGGUCGGGAAGCGUAACAGAUACCUCAGUUAAAUAAGCUGCAACAAUAAACAGGUCCUUUUCCCAGCCCGGGGUGACAAGGACCAUCCAGACUGUGAAGAGUUAACCCUUUCCCUCAGCCUGGCUUUGGCCCUGGCAGCCUGAGCUGCGGGUCUCCUGCUGAGCUGCCAGGCUUUGGGAUGGGGGUGCUGGAAACCAGCAGCAGAGCGGGGGAGGCCGAGCGGGGGCCGCCCCAGCCCCGUGUCGUACUCAGGGUUUGAUGCUGCCAGCAGGACGUUCCCGAGGGCAGUGCUCCAUCCUCCCCCAGCUCCACACACCAGCCAAACUCCCCCGGCCAGCCCCCAGCUUGCUCCCCCGGCGCUUCCAGGGGGGAAGAGCGAGCCGAGCCUGCCCCCGGGGCUGCGGGGAAGGCACGGAGGGCGGGGUGAGGGGAGGCUGCGUGUGCCUGCUCGGUCCCAGGGGACUGCGAUCAGAUGUUCUCUCCAAACAGCUGCAGCAGCCUUGCUAACUAGUUUUCUUACCUAUUUAAAAGAGAAAAAAAAUAAUAAAAUAAGUAAAUAAAAACAGAUGUGAUAGCCUAGGCGGUGGAUAAAUACCUCAACGUCUCCUUCCAACAAGUGUCUGUAUAUGUUGUUGUUGGGUUUUUUCUAUCUUACAGGUUAUCUGAAUGUUUAUAUUCCAAUAAACUUCUACCUCUUCACACCGUGA